UUGUCCAACCCCUGUACAACACAAGGCACCUCUGUUCAGCACUGUACACCUGCCACCCUGACAGUAGCAGGCAGUGACAGGGACUCAACGGGAAGAUGGAGGGGCCUGCUGAGCUUGCAGACAUCACCAGAGCACCGGCUGCAAAAAAUCAAAUGCAUCAGAGCGGAACUCAAUCUCCCAGCUGCACCGGGUCAUACCCCUCCGCCUCUGACUGCUUUCCCCUCGGAAGCCUCAGCACAGCUGCGUGUGGAAGUGAGACUGCGCCGAUGCCACAGAAAGGCGAAGCGAGCACACAGGGCUGUGUGAGUGUCUGUCAAACCCAGCCUCAGCUGGCAGAUCCCUUUAAGAUGAGGUCCACUGUGAAUUUCUACCUCUGCUACCUGUUGUGCCUGGCUCUAGGGCUGGCCUGCGUGGUGUGUGUGUGCUUGUGGAAUAGCCGGUGGAGAGGCGGCUUUGCCUGGGACGGCUCGGCCCUCCAGUUUAACUGGCACCCAGUGCUGAUGGUGACAGGCCUGGUGGUGCUGUACGGCUAUGGAGCAGUGUUGUACCGCGUUCCCCUGACCUGGGGUCAGAACAAACUUCCCUGGAAGCUGCUUCAUGCAGCUCUGAUGCUCAUCUCCCUAAUCCUGUCCAUUUUGGGGCUCUACGCUGUCUUCAACUUCCACAAUGCCAAUAAGAUUGCCAACCUGUACUCGUUACACAGCUGGAUUGGAAUCGCAGCUGUAGCUCUUUUUGCAGUACAGUGGGCGGUGGGUUUCGCAGGCUUCCUCUUGCCCUGCUCCCCCGUAUUGCUACGUAAACUCCUGAAACCCGUUCACGUGUGGCUGGGGGGCAGCAUCCUGCUGCUCAGCGUCGCCGCCUGCAUCUCAGGCAUCAACGAGAAACUCUUCUUUGUCCUAAAAGCAAACCUCAGUGGAGCAGAGCCAUACUCCAACCUUCCAGCAGAGGCUGUGUUGGGAAACUCAUUAGGGGCUUUAAUUGUAGCCUUUGGCUUGGUUAUCCUCAAUAUUUUGUCUAACAUUAAAUGGCAGAGACCAGAUUCUAGGCCUCAGGACAUGGUUUACACACCGUUGCUUCAAGAAGAAAAUGACUGAAAGUCGAGGAACUUCAACCAGUUCACUGCAGUCAGAAAAGAUUACUCUUUGCCUAAAUGUUUUUUUUCUUUGAUGAUCAUUAAAGUUGUUGACUGGUGUAUGCAAAACUAAUCUCCUUGUUAUCGAUGUAAAUAUUUAUUUGGAGUUAUAUUUAAGGUUGCUUAUUCACCCAAAGAAUAAAGAGUUUUUCACCAGA